GUUAAUUAACAGUGGCAGUUGUUUUUUUUUCACAAACCUUAAAUAGAAUGAAAUAAAUAAUGUAAACAAAAUAAUGCAAGUCUUGCAUGCAAAAAAUGUGCACCACAAUACCAUAAUGCAAGCUUCUUGGGAAAGCAAGAGUGAAGUGAAACUUAUACAAACAUUGCAAAGCGCACAAAAUAAACAGCGAGCAAACAAUUAACAAAAAGGCGUCGGGUACGUCAGGUAUAACUCAACAUGGACCCAACAACGGGCAGCAGUUGCAGCAGCGGCAGUUCAAGCAGCAGCGCCAGCGGAAGCAACGGAAAUGCUGGCUGCCCCUGUACCGCGUCCAGCCCGGGAUGUCCUGGUGUCUCCACAAAUCAUCACAACGAACAGCCGCAGACAAAGCGGCAGAAAAUAGAUAAACAAAUACGUUUAGUGGGCAGCAAAUCGCCGCCGGAUAUACUGGCUGAUGCAGAUGUUAUGGACGCCAACGGCAACAAUCAGAGCCAUCAUUUAUGCUCAUCAUUGUCCUCCUCAUGUUCCACACAUUCCUUGUCCAGCAGCACAAACAAUUCACCCACAAAUACGCCAUGCAAUUCGCGUGCCGCCUCCUAUGCGCAGCUGCUGGUCAACAAUAUCAUGCCACAAAAUAGUGAAAGCGUCGCCAAGGAUGAAGUGGACCGUGCGGCCCAGCUGACCGAACUGUUAAUUGCAACAAAAGAUGCGUCACAGACUAAUUGCAGCGAGCGCAGCACCACUACCAGCACAACGACGAACACUGGCUGUUCCAGCUCUAGCAUCGAUGAUAUGCUGGAAUUCGAGCAGUCACUGACGCGGCAAUGCCUGUGCGGGGUUUCGGAGCGUACAUUGAGGAAGCCCUUUCAGUCGCACUACUCACACGACUCGAAUGGCCAGAAGCGCAUUGCGUAUUUGCGCGAAUGGCCCACCAAUAAGCUAUUGCAGUUCCUGUCCAAUCUGCAGCUCCUCUUCGAUAUUUACCUAAAGCAAAACGCCAAGGGCUACAUCUGCACAAGGAUAAUGGACGUUUGCGAUGCGUUGAUACGCAACGAUCACAAGUUGAUCGAUGAGAUUAUUGUAUUGGCCGGCUAUAAUAAUUCGUAUGUGCAAUUUCUGGCGGCACGUGUGCUGGCCGCAUUUUUGGUAAUUGCCAAGCAGGAGCUGAACGAUGAGUGGCUGCAAAAGAUUGUCGAUCAGCUCUUUAACUAUGUGCAGCUGGAUGUGGCGGCCGUGCAGAAAAUACACUUUAGCUUAGAUAUAAUCAAACGCAUUGUUGAGUGGAAGGAUGUGGAGCUACAUCCGCUGGACGAUGACUACUCGGUGGCAGCAAGCACGGUGACGAGCACUGUGACAGCGGAUGCGUCCGUUAGCUUCAUGCAUUUCCCGGUGCAGGAUCAGCCGCUGGCGAAUAACUAUUUUGCGCUGCAGUUUCGUGAUGCAACGGCGGAUCCGACAGAUGCGGACCUUUAUGAUAACAGCAAUAUAACAACUAGCAGUAAUACUCCCGCUAAUUAUAUGCCGCCUAAUGGUUGUCAUGUCGUCGCCCUUACCGACUCUGAAAGCUUCGAUACAACGCAUCUGAAAUGCGUGACCAUACAGAAAUUGGAGCACAAAUGGCCAACGCUCGUGAAGAAUAUGUCGGAGCUGAUGACGCCAGCACAACAGGACAGUGCGGAGCAUUGCGUGCUCAAUUUUCUGCAGCUUUGGGAGAACAUUAUAUCGGUCAAGGCGAAUCUCUCGAUAGACGAAACGCGACCAUUCUAUGCGCAACUGGAUAAAUUUGAGCUAUUGCUCAAUCACAAUUUGUCCUGCACGGUUUAUAAGCAGAUGCUGUGCCUAUUUAAUGAGGCUCUUUGCUAUGGCUCCACGCUGGCGCUGCAGGACAUGCUGCCGGAGGAGACGUGCAAGCUGGCGCAUCAGAUUGUAUGCCAUGUGCGUAGCCUGCGCAUUUUAGAAUCCCUGCCACGUCGCCAGCCCGAGAACAUUGUCGGAUUAAUUGGUUAUAAUGGUGCGCCCGUUAAUUAUGUUUCAGGCACGCUUCACAAUUCGAUACAGGCAGCGGCUGUAGCUGCUGGCGGCGGCGACCUCAUUGAAAUGGACAAGACUUUGCUGCAAAAGAUGGUGCUUUUGGUGCUAAAAUCGAUUGCGGUGACCGUUAAGGAGAUACGCAGCGAUUCAUCAGAUUCGUCAAUUGAUUCAACCGAUUAUGACGCGUUUCAGGAUAUACAGCUUAUCGAGCGAUCCAUACGGGAUGUGCUCAGUAAACUGGAAACGUUCAUUAAGCAAACACUGGAGUUUCAUCCGGAAUGCCAUUUUAGUAAAAUAUUGAUACAUCUCUUCGAUGAUCAGGAUGAUCAUCUAAUUGAGGCGAUGGUCUGCACACUGGAUGUCACCUCCGGCAUAUCGUUUCGUAAUAAUGCAUUUCCGGAGCUGGUCGCUAUGUUGAAUCCUGUAUAUACAUUUCUUGAGUUUCUCAAAAUGACAUCGAAUAGCUCGGACCUGCUGCUGGAUCUGCUCGUCAGCAAUGAGACCUGUUUCCUCUUGUAUUUGCUCCGGCUGCUCAAAUAUAUACGCAUGAACUGGACCAUGUUUGUGCACAGCUGCCAUAGCUUUGGCAUGGGCAAUGCCAUGCUCGACGAAGCUAUGGGAGUACUAAUACGCCUCCGACUGCAAAUAUCCAGGCUGGUGUCGCGCCAGCUUUACCCAUAUGAUAUAUCGCCGGUUCUGCGUUUAUUGGAGAGCUGCGAGAGUCUGUACGAGGGCAAUGAGCUUAGUUAAAGAUAAUAUUUAAUCACACACACACACACACACAAACAUACAUACAAGCAA